AUGGCAAACUCGUCCUAUAAGACGCCUCCGAGCAAUCGACUCACCGUUUCCUCCCUCCUCUCGCCCCCUGAGAUGAAGCGAUCAGAGUCGUUUGGCACAUCAAUUCCGCCUACAUUUAUUCAAUCGCCCUUUUCCUCGUUCAAUUCAGAAGCUUCCAAAUCCGCCAUCCCCGACAUGACCCUCCAGGCAGCAGCCGCACACCGCAUCGCCUACGCCUCUCCACCAAUCUCGCCAUACGAUACACAGGCACAGAAGGAGAACAUGGAGAGCGGGGACGAACAAUGCACACGCGAUCCCCAGCUGUUCGUUUCGGUGGAUGCAGCGGCUCCCAUCGCCCACAUGCCGCUGUUCCCCGAAGAGUUGCCCGAGUCAGCCUCGCAAGAUGCCAUCACCGCGCACAUGAACUCGUCAGACUACGCACAGCUAGAGAGCAAGCCGAGUCGCGCCGACUACGAACUGGCCAUCACAUUCCGCUCCAACGUCUUCGCGUUGGCCACCAAGGACCCGCGGAAAUGGUGGGCUCAGGAGCGACGCUUCGACGACUACUACGGGCGGCCAACCGGUGUGCAAAAGCGAUCACCUUUGAAGAAGCUCGCUCCUGCCCCAUCGUCAAGACCCCGCCAGCCCAAGGUCGCUGUCGCACGGCUGCCCCCUCGCACUCCUCGCGCACCCAAGGCUAAGCGCACGCCUGUUACUCAGAUUCACGACUCAUUCGACACCACACCAAAGUCGGCCUCUCCCAAACCUACUCGGCCAGUCACUAACCGUGACGACUCCGACUACAAUGCGAUCCCAGACUACUCGCCACCCCUAGACACACUGCCCAAGGGCAAUAACAAGGUCCUCAAGGCUGAAUGGAAAGGGCAAGCGUUGUCGCUCGCUGACGAUCCCGAUCGCGACCUGUUGCACGAGGCUGAGUUGAACCUCGCCGGCACACUCCGCCUCAACUGCGCCACCUAUCUCACCAGCAAACGACGUAUCUUCCAGGCUCGCAUCGAAGCACUCAAGAUCGGCAAGGAAUUCCGCAAGACGGAUGCUCAACAGGCUUGCAAGAUUGACGUCAACAAGGCUAGCAAGUUGUGGCAGUCGUAUGACCGCGUAGGCUGGUUCAAUCCAGACUACUUCCGCCAGUAUCUCUGA